AAAAGAGGUAAAAACUGAAAACAUUUAUCUUCCACUCUCCUUUUCUUCUCACAAUCCCCACCCGAUUCAACUCACAUUUCCACCUCGCCGACUCUUCCCCCACCGGCCCCCGACUUCGUCUCUUAUUCACCGGCGAUCUUCCGUACGUGUGUUCCUCAGGAUGGAUUGGCAAGGGCAAAAGCUAGCAGAGCAACUGAUGCAGAUUUUACUAUUAGCAUCAGCAGUGGUGGGAUUUGGAGCUGGUUAUGUGAUGGGCUCGUUCCAGAUGAUGAUUCUCAUUUAUGCAGGCGGUGUGGUUCUCACCACAUUGGUCACUAUCCCAAAUUGGCCCUUCUUCAAUCGCCACCCUUUGAAGUGGUUAGACCCUAGUGAAAGCGAAAAGCACCCCAAGCCACAAAGGCAGCAACCUGUGAUUUCAAAGAAGAAAUCUAAGAAAUAAAUGGGAGCUAGGUCAGUUUGACUGAUCAUAAUAAACCCGAACAAUGAUUUUUAGGCGUUUUUUUUUUUAUCCUCGAGUUGUUAUUUGACUGUUCUAGCAAUGUCAAUGGAUUUUGUUUUACCAAGACUUCAGGUUCAAUAUAUCAAUAGAUUUUAUCACUUAUCAUCUGCCAA